GGACAUAACCGUCCAACAGAAGGCCGCCGGGCUGUUGGUAAUUCUUUAGCUUUGAAUUUCGACAUCUCAGAUGAAAGAAUUCGAUCUUUCGCACUGUUAAUGGCGUUAUUAGUCAGUCAUUCGAUUUCAUAUGUUAAUUCAACAUCAUUCUUAUCGCAACUUGUUCUAGGCCGAGGGCAGCCGAAUAUAUUAAACGAAGCUAAGAAGCCAAUAUUUGAAAUGAUGCAAGGAGAUACUUCAGACAAAAUCGGUGGUAUCUUAGCAAUAGGUGUCGAUCCACUCAUGAUAUUAGCAGCAAAGGCAUUAGGUAAGAUCUGGUCAUUAGCAAUCAAAAAAUACCAAAUAUUGACUGGUGGCCCUGUGACUGCAGUGUUCGUACAGAGUGAAGCAAACAUUGCUUUAGAAUACCUACAAG